AUGGAAAUUAUUUCAUCAAAACAAUUCAUUUUACUGACUUUAGCCACUUCAAGCUUAUUAACGUCAAACAGCUUCUGUUCAGAUGAAUCAAUGAUGCCCAAUCUUCACAGCAAAAAGAAUUAUGACAAAUAUUCUGAGCCUAGAGGAGAUCUCCCCUGGGAAAAAGAAAGAAGUCUCAAUUUUGAAGAGUUAAAAGACUGGGGUCCAAAAAACGUCAUUAAGAUGAGUACACCUGCAGUCAACAAAAUGCCACCCUCAGUAGCCAACUUGCCACUGAGAUUUGGGAGGACCAUGGAAGAAGAAAGAAGCACUGGGGCAAUGUCCAACCCGCCUCUGAGAUUUGGAAGCAAUACAGAGGACAGCAUCUCGAGACGUGUUCCUAAUCUGCCCCAAAGGUUUGGGAGAACAACAGUAGCCAAAAGUGUCACCAAGAUACUGAAUGAUUUGCUCCAACAAUCCAUGCAUUCACCAUCUGCCAAUGGGUUACUUUACUCCGUGACCUGCCAGCCCCAAGAAAUCCAGAAUCCUGAUCAAAAGAACCUAAGGUAA